UUUUUCUUUGUGAAAAAAUAGGGAACAACUAUGCAUGCUUCUGUAGGUGAGGAUUUGAUAUCUGUGUUCGAGUCAUUGAUAUCGGAAGGAACUGUGUAUGUUUUUACAUAUUUUGGAGUUAACAACAACUGUGGGUUGUAUCGCACAACAUCGCAUCAAUUUCGGUUAUUUUUUCAAGAUAGAACUACUGUCUUACCCUCUUUCUGUGAUGCAAUACCGUUAUAUGGUAUUAAGUUAGUUCCUUUUAGGGAAAUUAUGGGAUACUCUCCUCAUCAUCCUUUUUUGGUUGACGUUGCUGGAGUUAUGGCCGGCGUGGAGGGUGAGAGGAAAUACAUGAACGAUGGUAAACUUAUUAACAUGAUGGUCAUUCAUAUUGAGAAUGACGGUUUACGGCUUAAUAUUGUUGUUCUUGGAGAGAUGGUGGACCGGAUCAAGGAUUUUCUAGCAUCGGGCGAUCAACAACUGCCAAUAGUUAUUUUUCAAUUUGCAAGAGUAAAAAAUUUACGUACCAAUAUUGUGCAGAACAUUAUGUAUGGUACUAGACUCUUGAUAAAUCCAGAUAUUCCUGAGGCUUUGAUGCUUCGAAAAAGAGAGAUCUCGCAGUACCUGUCUGUGGUUUCUGGCAAAUCAGCAUAUCUUGAUGAAGAUGAAGUUUUAUAUUCUAUUGGGAGGAAGACAAUAAAGGAGUUACGUGCUGCUGCGGAUGUUGGAUUCUAUGUUGUUCGGGCCACUGUUCUUGAUGUUGAACCCGUUCCAAGUUGGUGGUAUAAAUCAUGUGUUUGCAGCGUGAAGGCAGAAGCUAAUGCGGAUGAAUACUUCUGCGAUGGCUGUAAUAGGGACGUGAAUAAUGUGGUUGACAGGUAUAAAUUGAAUUUGUUGGUUUUUGAUGGUACUGGUACAACGAACUUUGUUGUGUUCGAUAAAGAGGUCGCAGCACUAUUCGGAUGAACCUGUACUGAGAUGGUGAAAGAGUUGAAUGAAAAAGGGAAAGCAAGCAAAGAUCCUACUGGUUUUAAUGAGUUUUUCCUU